CUACUGUCUGUCUCUUUCCAGGCAUUUCAUACCUCCAAGAUUCAGGUUUGCUUUUACAUCUCUUCCCUGUGCAUCCCUGCCAACAGAGCCUAUUGCCAGCUGUCUAAGCUGAAGAACAGUAAUCCACAUCUUCUUACUGCCAUGGGGAAAAUGCACACCCUCGUUCUCUUUGUAGUGGGCUCCUUUUGUCUGAACGGAAGCAUGGCAGCAGAUGCUGAAGAAAAAUUAAUGAACCACCUACUGAGUCCUGACAGAUACAAUAAGUUAAUUCGGCCAGCUGUCAACUCCUCCCAACUGGUAUCCAUAGAGCUGCAGGUUUCCCUGGCACAGCUCAUCAGUGUGAAUGAACGGGAGCAGAUCAUGACUACGAAUGUCUGGCUGAACCAGGAGUGGAUUGAUUAUCGACUGGCUUGGAAACCCUCUGACUAUGAAGGAAUAAAUAAGCUGAGAAUACCUGCAAAACACAUCUGGUUGCCAGAUAUCGUGCUUUACAAUAAUGCGGAUGGCACGUACGAAGUCUCGCUGUACACAAAUGCCAUUGUAAAGAACAAUGGAAGCAUUCGCUGGCUGCCACCAGCCAUUUACAAGAGUGCCUGCAAGAUUGAAGUGAAGCAUUUCCCAUUUGACCAACAAAACUGCACCCUGAAGUUCCGGUCCUGGACAUACGACCACACAGAAAUUGAUAUGGUGCUUAAGACUUCCAUGGCAAGCAUGGACGACUUCACCCCAAGUGGAGAGUGGGACAUUGUCGCACUCCCAGGAAGAAGAACUGUAAAUCCUCUGGACCCCAAUUAUGUCGAUGUGACAUAUGACUUCAUUAUUAAAAGGAAACCACUUUUUUAUACCAUCAAUCUUAUCAUUCCCUGUGUGCUAAUUACAUCCUUAGCCAUCCUAGUAUUCUACUUGCCUUCAGACUGUGGUGAAAAAAUGACCUUAUGCAUAUCUGUGUUGCUUGCCUUGACUGUGUUCUUGCUGCUGAUCUCCAAAAUUGUCCCUCCAACAUCUCUAGAUGUUCCACUGAUUGGGAAGUAUCUCAUGUUUACAAUGGUGCUGGUGACCUUCUCAAUAGUUACCAGUGUCUGUGUGCUCAAUGUCCAUCACAGAUCUCCAAGUACUCACACUAUGCCCCCCUGGGUAAAGCUGGUUUUCCUUGAAAGACUCCCAGCCUAUCUGUUCAUGAAGCGUCCAGAAAAUAAUUCUCCACAGCAAAAGCCAUGCAACUGCAAAAAGACAAAAGCAGAGAAUCCUUGUAUGGAGCCAUCUGACUUCUACAAGAACUCUACCUAUUUUCUGAAUACAGCUUCUGCCAAAAGAUAUGGUAUGAAAGUUUCUGAAACACUUGACAAUGUCAGCAGUCAUCGAGAUUUUAGGUUAAGAACAGGCACGACAUUUUCUCCUGAAGUGCAAGAAGCAAUUGAUGGAGUCAGUUUUAUAGCAGAGCACAUGAAAAGCGAUGACAACGACCAGAGUGUCAUUGAAGAUUGGAAGUAUGUUGCCAUGGUAGUGGACAGGCUGUUUCUCUGGAUAUUUGUCCUUGUUUGUGUCCUGGGGACUGUUGGAUUAUUUCUGCAACCACUUUUUCAAAACCACACUGCUGCCAUAAACCCUUAGCUCUUAUUUAAAAUGGUCAAUACUUACACAGACAUUUGGUCUCAUUCUGCUCUCAGUUCCCUUUUGUUAACUCCACAGAGAUGCCAAGU